GGGAGAGAGGCCAAGCCAGCAAGCAAGCAGACCACAGCUUGCAAGGAGGAAUAGAACGAGCCUGGCGGCUGGACCUGCCGAGAAGGGUGGAGCCAGGAUGCCUGAGACCUGGGACCAUUAAACAUUUGGAAUCUUGCUCCAGCUAAGACCUGCAAGCAAACGUACAGGAGACACUCAUCUACGAAGACAAAACCAACGUGUCAACACACAAGACUCAGUCCCGAGACCAUAACAUAGAUGAAAUGGAUGAAAACGAAAAUGAGGAGAUCCUGAAAGAAAUGAUGAAUCUAACUUCUAAAAGGAUGCCACAUAUAAAACUAAAAGACCAAUACAAUAUUAUCAAGAGACUGGGUGCUGGUACUUAUGGAUCUGUUCUACUUGCUGAACAUAAAUUACAAGGUACUGUUAUGGCUCUAAAGUUAAUGAAGAAAAAGUCAACAAAGAAGGAGAAUUUUCUCAUGGAGUACUGUGUGUCCUUGUGCCUGGCAUCACAUCCUAAUAUUAUUAAAACUUUUGCAGUAGCCUUUGAAACCAGCAAAUAUUUUUCAUUUGCUCAGGAGCUGGCCACCGCUGGUGAUCUGCACUCCAUCAUUGUGCCUCACGUUGGUCUACCUGAUAUAAUGGUGAAGCGAUGUGCCAUGCAGUUAGCGGAAGCUCUGGACUUUAUGCACAGCAAAGCCCUUGUUCACAGAGAUGUCAAACUGGAUAAUGUUCUGCUUUUUGACAGCGACUGUCACUACAUCAAACUUGCUGAUUUUGGAUUAACAAGGCUUGAAGGUUUCCACAUCUCUCCAUUGAAAGGAACCGUUCCUUAUUCGGCUCCUGAACUAUGUAACUUAGGAGAAAAUGAAACUCUUGAACUUGACUCCAGCCUCGAUGUGUGGGCCUUUGGUAUUGUUCUGUUUUGCAUUUCCACCGGAUACUUCCCUUGGGAUACCGCAUUAUGUCAAGAUGAGCAGUACGAAAAAUUUGUUCUCUGGCAAACUACAGGAAAUUACCAGAAAAUCCCUUCUCAAUGGAAGCAAUUUACAUGGCGUGCGCUAGACAUGUUUCAGAAGAUGUUAACAAUAAACGCUAUGACGCGAAGCCCUGCGAUUGAAGUCCAAAAAUAUCUAAGUGACCCAUGGAAAAUGAACAGCGUGAAUGAUAACAGCAACUUACAAGAUAACUGAAAUGAUACAGAACAGAGUGUUGAUAGCGUGAACUUUCUGAAAGAUAAAACCAGCAUUGAAAGCAAAGCAUGGCCAAGAGUUCUUCUGCGGUCAGAAUAAAAUGCCCCUCGUAACAUAAUGAACUUGUUAGGGGAAAUAUCUGGAUCAUUUGACACCAAUACUGACAUGUUAAAGAGCUUCUGCCUCUAAUAUCCUGAUUAACUUUACUUGUGACAAUACUUUAGAAAAGCAAUACCUAGGCUAGGGCUUUACAGCAACACAUGGUUCGAUCAAAGGUUUGCAGUAAAAUCACAGCAUUGCUGUGACUGCUGGUGCCUUCAGAGAGGAAAGGAUAGGAAUGGUAGCUGCAAAAAUGAGGGUUGUCAUAAUCCUCACAGUUAGUAAUCCGGCUCCAAUAAUCUCUAGUCUGUGUGGGCAGUUAGUUGAGGGGCACAACCCUUCAUCGUCUGAAUUUUGGGGCCUCCUCCCUGGUGGUGGCUGGGGCGUCCUUGAUGUCAGAAUGAGCAGCGGGGUGUAAGGCGUGAGAACCAGUGCUGGGUGAGCAGAUGGUGGCAGCAAAUGACCAGGCCUGCUUGGUUGGAAUAAAUAGAGUCUUUCUUUUACUGAGUAGAUAAUAGGAGUCACAGUAUACGGUAAAUACAUGCAGCAGGUGCAGUCUUGAAGUAUUUCACAGAGUAGGUUUUUCCCAAAAGGCUGUAUAUAGAAGGUGACAGUGAUAGUAGUAAUACUCCCUGAACCUCUCUCUAGAUACACUUUGCAGUUUACUUAAAUAAUAACAGGCCUACAAUCACUCUCAAUGUACUUUCUGCAAUGCCCAGUUGGAGGGUGCUGUCCUAAAUCUGAUGGCCAGCCUGUCUAAGAAGCAAUAAACCUAGGCUACGGGCAGUAAAGUCUAUUGCCAUAAACAUGCAUUUACCUUACUGACUCAGUCCAGCACAGCCUUAAAGGGGUUGUCCGGGUUCAGAGCUGAACCGGACAUACUCACAUUUUCACCCAGCCAGCCACCUGAUAUUAGCUUUAUUGCAUGCCAUGCUACGAUGCUCUCCCGCAGGGCAAGGGCUUUUUUGUUUAUGUUUUUACACUGCAUGGCGGAG